CAAAGGUCUCAUUGGCUGUGAGUCAGCAUGGACUUCCAAAACCGCGCUGGAGGGAAAACGGGCGGAGGGGGCGUGGCCUCCCAGUCAGAGUCUAACCGCGACAGGAGAGAGAGGCUGAGACAGCUUGCCUUGGAAACCAUUGAUCUCAAUAAGGAUCCUUACUUUAUGAGGAAUCAUUUGGGAUCUUAUGAAUGCAAGCUUUGUUUGACGUUACACAACAACGAAGGCAGUUACUUGGCGCAUACGCAGGGCAAGAAGCAUCAGUCUAAUCUAGCUCGUCGAGCAGCGAAGGAAGCCAAGGAUGCACCCGCCCAGCCAGCGCCGGAGAAGUCUCGGGUCGAGAUCAGAAAAUUUGUCAAGAUUGGGAGGCCAGGAUAUAAAGUUACGAAACAGAAAGACCCUGAUAAUGACCAGCAAAGCUUAUUAUUCCAGAUCGAUUAUCCCGAGAUAUCAGAAGGAACCUACCCCCGCCAUCGCUUCAUGUCGGCUUACGAGCAGAGGAUAGAACCCCCAGAUAAGAAGUGGCAAUAUCUCCUCUUUGCCGCCGAGCCGUAUGAAACCAUUUCAUUCAAGGUUCCUAGUAGAGAAGUAGACAAGAGUGAGAACAAGUUCUGGACAUCAUGGAACAAGGAAACGAAACAGUUUUUCCUACAGUUUCAUUUCAAGAUGGAGAUCAAACCAAUGGUUCCUCCCCCACCCACCCCCAGUGCCCUUAAAGGAGCCCCUCAUAUUGGAGAGAAGCCCCCUGUCCCCCCGACACCCCCAGCUGGUAUGCCUCCACCGGGCAUGCCCCCGGGUCCACCCGGAAUGCCACGCCUUCCUCCACCCCCCAACAUGCCCAUGCCCCCACCCCCUCCCUUCCCCAUGCCCCAUGGCAUGAUGCCGCCCCGCCCAAUCCCUCCCCCGAACUCCAUGCCCCUCCCGCCACCCCCGGUUCCCCCGCCCAGCGCCGGAGGCAGCGGCCCCAUGCCGCGGUUGCACCCCCCUCCUCCCCCUCCACCCAACAUGCCCCUCCCUCCCCCGAACAUGGGGGGCAACCUUCCCCUACCCAUCCCCCCUCCACCCCGUCCCCCAAGCGCCGUCUCAUCAGGCGGGGUGCCUAACUUCCUUCCGCCCCCUCCGGCCCCUCCCCCGAUGCCCCCUCCUCCCAGCAUGGAUCUACCAACAUCGACAUCAGAAGACAAGACUUCAACCAGCGAAACCCCAUCAUCCUCAUAGUUUAAAGUUUUUAAUUAGUAAUGCUUAUUCUGUAGAAUACCUGUUUUCGUAAGUUAAUUCAUUGUCACAUAAAUUUUAAGAGUUUAUUGUACACCUCUUACUGUGUGAAAUUUAUGGGUGAAAUUUCAAAUUAAAAUGUCCACAUUUAAAUCAGGAUUGUUACAAAAUUACAAAAUGAAAUAUUUUAUGUUUAUUUUGGGGAUAUUAUAACCACUUCUUGGGCAUGAGAUGGUAACAAACUUCGGGAUAUAACCUUUGUGAAGCAAUUUCUGAUUUGUACUUUCUUUAUUUGUGAGGUUUAGUGAUGAAACUUGAAGGACCUUUAUUGAAGAAAAUCUUUACUAAUAAUAAUAAUAUAGGAUAUUUAUAUUGCGCACAUUUCCACCUUGUUAGGUGCUCAAGGUGCUCCUAUAUUACCCGGCUAAGCUAGGCGUUAAUAGCGCACACAGCUUCUUAAGGAAUUACUUCCUACCAGUACCCAUUUACCUCACCUGGGUCGAGUGCAGCACAUUGUGGAUCAGUUUCUUGCUGAAGGAAAUUACUACUACCCAGAGAGGAUGCUUAUUCUUUCAGGGAAAAAAUCAUAUACCAAAAUUUAAACUGAAAUGAAAAAGAAGAAUUUUGUUUUUGAAAUUAUAUUUCA